AUGCUCUCCACUGCACACCUGGAGAAGGAGCUGAGAUCCUUGAUUGCCCAGACAGGCAGGAGUUCAGUUCCCUUCCCCUCAUCACCCUCUGCCUCCUCAUCAAGCUGUCAUGUCUUCAACCUGUCUCAGAAGGUAGAUGGCUCCAGGAAGUCUCAGUACAGCUUCUCCAGGGCAGUGAUGCUGUCCCAGACAGGAGGCUGCAGGGUUUUGUCCUACUGUGAACCUCUGAGCUGCCUGCUGGCCUCCCAGACCUCCCCUCACUCCACACUGGUGCCUGGUUGUGGGGUGAAGAAGGUGAGCAUGGUGAACAUGAAAGCCAGUCAGUACGUUCCCAUCCACAGCAAACAGAUCAGAGGUUUGUCCUUCAACAGACAGAACGACAGCCUGCUGCUGUCCGCUGCGCUGGACAACACUAUUAAACUGACCAGUCUGCUGACCAACACGGUGGUUCAGACGUAUAACACGGGUAAACCGGUGUGGAGCUGCUGCUGGUGCUUGGACAACAGUAACUACGUCUACGCCGGUUUGAGUAACGGCUCUGUGCUCAUCUACGACACCAGAGACACCAGCACACACAUCCAGGAGCUCGAGCCGCUCCGCUCCAGGUGUCCUGUAGCGUCGCUGUGCUACGUGCCACGAGCAGCUUCCAGCUCUUUCCCCUGCGGUGGUCUGAUCGCUGGCUCUCUAGAGGCAGCCUAUUUCUGGGAGCAGGUAAAUGAGACGACCUACAGACCACAUGUCCUGCCACUGGAGGGCUCCGGCUGCACGGACAUUCAGGUGGAGACGGAGAGCAGACACUGCCUGGUCACAUACCGGCCAGGACGCUCCAACCCGUCCCUGCGCUGCGUCCUGAUGGCGCUGACUCGAUCCCCCCAGCAGGACUCCAGUCAGCUGCCCACCUGCUCCUGCUCACCUGUGCAGACUUUCACCGCCGGCUCGUCCUGCAAGCUGCUAACCAAGAGUGCUGUCUUCAGCAGUCCAGAUGGAUGUGGGACUCUGGUCUGUGCCGGGGACGAGGCGUCCAACUCCACCAUGGUGUGGGACGCCAGCAGCGGCUCCCUGCUGCAGAAGCUUCCAGCAGACCUCCCGGUGUUGGACAUCAGCCCCUUGUCUGUGAACCGUGAGCACUUCCUGGCCUCUCUGACAGAGAAGAUGCUGAAGCUGUACAGGUGGGAGUGA